AAUUAAAAACUAAUAAACUAAUUCAGUUCAUACGAGUGUUACGUCAAAGUUACACGUUUAUUUUUAAGUGGACAAACAUUUUUGUUCUGUGCCUGACUUUAAUUAUUUUAAAAAAAAAUGAAGGACAUCGUUCAAAUUUGGAACAGAGUGACGACUCGUCGAUACUCAACAGUGAAUACCACAGAUCGGGAACUCUGCGAUAUAUCGAGUAAUCGAUUAAAAAGAACAGAUAUCGAUACAUCCGCCAUUGAAGCGAAUUUGGCUGAAUGCGAGGGUUUGAAUAACAAAUUCAAUGAUGAUCUUGACUUCAGUCAGAGGAAAGAUGCCAUUAUAAAUCGAUUAUUUGAGAGGCGGAGAAAAGGUCAAGUAGCCAGACAACCAAAAUGUCUGUUCCUGCUACUGAUGCUUGGUUUCUUUGCGCUGGGAACAGGCUGUUUUAUCUUCUUCGCACACCCUUACGACUUUUUCUUCAAUCAGAAAGUCGUUUUUCAAGAUGGCGGCGAAAUCUUGGAGAUGUGGCGGACUCCAGAAGUGGAACUAUUCUGCCGGGUGUUUCUCUUCAACGUCACAAACGCAGAAGAAUACAUGGCGGGCAUAGACAAAAAGAUAAAAGUCAAAGAAGUUGGCCCCUAUGUAUACAAGGAAGGAUUUGAGCAUAAUAUAACUAGGUUCAAUGACAACGGCACCAUGUCAGUUACACCCCUACAUCCCCUCACUUGGGUGGCCGAGAUGUCGGAAGGACAUAAAGAAACCGACAUCCUGUACUUACCUCAUAUAGCCUUACUGAGUAUCGCUAACGUUGUCGCCCCGAAAGGAUUUUUGACGCGUUUAGGACUAAACAAUAUCAUCACGCUGACAAACAGUCAGCCGCUGGUGAAGAUGACAGCUCGCGAGUUCAUGAUGGGCUACGAGUCCAGGCUGAUGACUUUGGGCAGCACUUUCUUGCCUGGCUGGAUCAGUUUUGAUAAACUGGGCCUUAUUGAUAGGAUGUACGAUUUUGAUGGAGAUUUCGAGACGGUAUACACAGGAGAAACAGAUAUCCGUUUCGCCGGUCUCAUCGAUACCUACAGGGGUUCUACUGAUCUUCCACAAUGGCAAGGAAAACAUUGCUCCAACGUGCAGAAUGCCUCAGACGCUACAAAAUUCAUGGGAGGAGUAGGCAGGAAUGAUAGUAUUCUGUUCUUCAGGAAGAGCAUGUGUCGCAGUGCAUUACUGAUCCCAGUGGAGGAAGGCGUGAGGAAUGGACUCGAUGCGUACAUGUACACGUUCCCUGAAAACAUGCUGGAUAAUGGCAAAUAUAUAGAAGAAAAUAAAUGCUACUGCAGGAAAGGCAAAUGUCUUCCCGCUGGACUCAUUGAUGUCACGGACUGCUACUAUGGGUUCCCCAUUGCUCUCUCCUACCCUCACUUCUACCAGGGAGACAAUAUCCUCUUCAGCAAAGUCGAAGGCCUAACUCCUAAUGAAAAAGAUCAUAAAACUAGAUUUUGGAUCGAACCGAAAUCAGGCUUGCCAUUAGACGUGAGCUCCAAAAUGCAGAUAAACUUGGCACUCGGAGAUAUAUCGUCAAUCAACAACGUGGAGAGAUUCUCCAAUAUGUAUUUACCAAUGUUAUGGUUUGAUAUUAGAAUGUACACAUUAACUCCAUCGUUAGAACAACGCUUCAACUUAUAUCUGAACAUACUACCCGUCGUCGAGCAGGCGGCCAUGUACAUACUGUUCGCCAUCGGAGCCGGGCUCAUCCUCGCCACAAUCUACAACCUCGCCUUCAAAAUAAUGUUCAAAUCCGUCAACAACAGACAGAAAAGAAACAUCGACAUCGGCAAUCAGUAUUGUACUAAAGAUAUUAAAAACAAAAACACAAUCUACACGCCCUGUGAAACGCCGCUCAACGAUCUAGAAUCCGAUUGUUCUGAUCCACAAUUCGAUCCUGAGAGACGACCUUCGCUAUUGAAAAUACAUGGCGACAAAAUAAAGGAGUUAAGUAACAGAUUAAGCGAUAAAAUGUAUGAUUCAGUUGGUGCAGUCAAAGACAAAUUUAUAGAUGAAUUCACGCAUGUAAAAAAUAUUUUCGAUAGGAGAAAUUCAUUAAAGAACGAAGACAAUAAUGCUUACCGAAGUGAUUCCGGUGAUGAAAUGAAUCACGGGUACCGAUCAGUGAAACAGACUGAUAGUGAUGAUGAUUAUAAAUAUUUAGAAGUAAUAGACGAUGGUAGUGAGUUCGAUUCUCCGGGAUUCCUUAAUGAUAGUAAACGCUUAAACAAAUUGGAACGUACACACAAUGAAACUGUAUUACAUAUACAUGAAUGAAUGAAUGAUACUCAUUUUGGUUUAAAAUUUAUUCUUAACACCAUUUUUGAGUAAGAGGUUGAGACUAUUUCUUUGAAAUAUAUAUGUAUUUAUAUAUAUGCUUGAAGUGUAGAAAUUUGUCUAUGAUUAGCUGGUUGCAAAAUAUAUAAACUCUUCUCAUUUUUAUGGUGUUAUGUACUAUAUUUUAGUAAUCAUAGGAACAAUAAUUGAUAUUGUUUUUAGCAGUGAUCAAUAAUCUGUGAGCGAUGAUACGUGUAGUGACGUUCUAUUAGUUAUCGUUUCGUUUCUACAACUUAUUAAACUUCUAUAAGAAAUCAAAAGAUUUGGUUUGAAUAUAUUUAUGUAUAAAAACAAUGUAUGUGUAUACAUUGGAUGUAAUUUUGAUCUAUUUGUUGACAGCGCUUCUCUAACUAUGGCUAUAUCAAAUGGAAAUAUUCGGUUUUUUUUCUCAUUUUAAACUUCGAAUGCUCAUCAAAAAUACAUAAACUUGAAUUUUAGAUAGACCCAAAAAAAUCCAAUCUUUUUCUUUCUUUUUUAAUUGUGGCUCCGUGUGGCGUACUGCAUGUUGUUCGCAAAUAUUUUUAUUGCGUACUUUUUACACAAUCUAUAAAUCUGUGUAGUGAUUAAUGUAAAUAGUGUAGACCAAUAGUAAUUUAUCGUUUACUGCAGCCAUAUUUACAGUGUAUAUAAUAUAAUGUAAAUAAAGUUAAAAGAAACCCAAGUAGUUUUAAGUUAGAAAUAAAUAAUAUACUCGUCUUGCCCUUAUACAUUCCGUAAAUAUAUAAGUAGUUGUUAUAAUGUACAUUAUUUAAAUAUUUAAGUUAUUUUCACAAAAGAAUAAGAAUAGGAACAACAUGGAUAAAUAAAGAAUAAAUAAAUACAACAAUCAGCAACAAAAUUAUGGACAAUAAUAAAUAGAUCUCACUCAUUUAUUCAUUCGAACGAUAUUUUACAAAAUCAUCACAAAUGGUUGUAGUGAAAACAGUCUCAACUUGAUUUGUAAAAUAUGAGAGAGGACUUGAUUGAUUAUAACCCUAUAGCUCUCUUGUCUGAACCUCACCCAGGACAGUUUUUAUUUUUUAAGACGCCGUACUUGCAGACAUUUUUUUAUUAAUUUUGUAGUAUUUGUGGGUAAUGUUAUUUAAAACAAAACAAUUAUUGUAUGAAAUUGUACAAAUUGUUUUUAAAACCAUUUCAUAGAUCAAUAAAUCAAUUACUCAACUUACAACUAUUCAAAUUUAGUCAUUAUUUUAUAGGACGGUUUUUUGGUUUAGCCGUUUAGCACAACACCAUACUUUUCGGCGGAUAUAGAUUUCAAUUCUCCCAAAUACAAACUUGUAAUCAUGAAUAUGUUUGUUUGUCAAUAAAUACAUCUGGGUACUUUUUAUUGUUAAUAUUUCUAUCAGUUGUUUAAUACCCGUAGCUCUUCGUUUGGGACUAGA